ACACUAAGCUACCACUGACGAGGCUUCCUACCAGCAGCCUGGGCUUUAAGAGGAACUCGCCGAGAUAAAGUUUCACUUCAGCAGUGGAAGAACCAAGAUGCAUCUCGGCCAGCUUAGAGCAGCUCAUCUGAUUCUCUUUCUCUGGACCCUCAAGAACCUUUCCUUCGGUUGCAAUGGUGAGCCACGCCUCGAGCUUAUCUUUUCGGAAAUAAAAUAUGAAGAAAAAAACUAUUAUUCCGGUGGUAUCCUGACACUCAAAUUGCAUUUGUCAUCCACGCAGAUCGGCAACAGAACCUUCAACGGGAGCCAGACCAAGAAUGAGAAUGUGACAGGGAUGGGCAUAGACCUCAGAGUGAACCAGCAGAAUCGUGGGGCCCACUUUGAGAUUUCAAGCGUGCAGCCCAACAGCACAGGCAUCUACUCAUGCGAGGCAGAGGUUCUGUUUCCUCCUCCAUACCAGAAGCUGACCGCCAGAUUGAUUGCUGUCUUUGUUGAAGAAGAGCGCUGCCAGCCGCAAGGAAUAAAACAGUGUCCCUCCGAGAGCUCACCCACCUUCUUAUGGUGGCCUAUAGGCUAUGGGAUCCUGGGCUUCUACUGCCUGGCCAUGACCUGCAUUACUGCUGUUCUCUGGUACAAACUCAAGAUUAAACAAUGCCUUCAGAAUGAUUACAUGAACAUGAAGCCAGGAGGUUUCCGGAAGCGUCCGCGAGUGCAGCAUCCAGCCAUAAUGGGCAGAUACUGAGCCCAUCAGUGCCUGCAACCUAAUUACGACUUCCUGCAACAGACUUCCUAAGCACAUUCACUUCACAAUGGAAAACUCCCCAGUCCAUCUGAUAUAAAAAAAAAAAAAACACCAGAAAUUUCUUUGAAGUGAAUUCUUUGGGUCAGACAUAAGGUUAAAUUAUACAAAAUUUAAAACAAGAAUCUAUGACAAAGACUAAAUAGGAAUAAGAUGGAAAUGUUGAUUGACUAACUUAAGUCAGUCAGAAUAUUUCCCAGACAAAUAGCAUUUAAUAUAAAUCAAAUUGAAUAAAAACAACUGAAUGGAGUGUUCGUUCUUAAGCCUGAGACCAUAAUCCUCUCCCUUAGCAGAGCACUGCCCCCUGGAGGAUUGAGUCAGUUAACAUCCUCUGAAAAUUUCUUAAGAAAUUCAUUAACACUUUUUGAAUGAAUUAUGUUAAUAUGCAUUAUUUUAUUAAUACUAAUACUAGUUUUAUUUCUUUGUUCAUAUUGCCCGUUAAUGUGUGUAUGUGUAUGUGUGUUUUCAUAUUGCAAAUGUUCAAAAAAAAUGUUGUGUCUGAAUAGAUUAUCAAAGUCAAAUCAUUUGUAAUAAAAUAAAUGUUGAAUUGUUGUGAUUGAAUGUAAUUGAAUUUAUAAGAGGAAUAUAAAAUUGAAUAUCCACUCUA